AUGAUCAAGAAGUUCGAUAAGAAGGACGAGGAGUCCGGUAGCGGCUCCAAUCCCUUCCAGCAUCUGGAGAAGAGUGCUGUGCUCCAGGAGGCACGGAUCUUCAACGAGACCCCCAUAAACCCACGGAGAUGCCUUCACAUCCUCACCAAGAUCCUUUACCUGCUGAACCAGGGCGAGCACUUGGGAACCACGGAGGCCACGGAAGCGUUUUUUGCCAUGACCAGGCUGUUCCAGUCUAACGAUCAAACCCUUCGAAGGAUGUGCUACCUCACCAUCAAGGAGAUGGCCAACAUCUCGGAGGACGUCAUCAUUGUCACGAGCAGUCUGACCAAGGACAUGACGGGCAAGGAGGACGUGUAUCGCGGGCCGGCCAUCCGGGCGCUCUGCAGGAUCACUGACGGAACGAUGUUGCAGGCCAUCGAGAGGUACAUGAAACAGGCCAUCGUGGACAGGGUGCCCAGCGUGUCCAGCUCUGCUCUCGUGUCUUCCCUGCACAUGAUGAAGAUCAGCUACGACGUGGUCAAACGGUGGAUCAACGAGGCCCAGGAAGCAGCUUCCAGUGACAACGUCAUGGUGCAGUACCACGCCCUGGGGGUGCUGUACCACCUGCGCAGGAGCGACCGCCUCGCCGUGUCCAAGAUGCUCACCAAGUUCACCAAGGCCGGGCUGAAGUCGCAGUUUGCCUACUGCAUGCUGAUCAGGAUCGCCAGCAAGCUGCUCAGGGACAGCGACGAGGGCCACGAAAGUCCCCUGUUCGACUUCAUCGAGAGCUGCCUGAGGAACAAGCACGAGAUGGUGAUUUAUGAAGCCGCCUCUGCCAUCAUCCACCUCCCCAACUGCACUGCCAGGGAGCUGGCACCCGCCGUCUCAGUGUUGCAGCUUUUCUGCAGUUCCUCCAAACCCGUCCUGAGAUACGCGGCCGUUCGGACCCUCAACAAAGUGGCCAUGAAACACCCCUCUGCAGUCACUGCCUGCAACCUGGACCUGGAGAACCUGAUCACCGACUCGAACCGCAGCAUCGCCACCUUGGCCAUCACCACGCUGCUCAAGACGGGCAGCGAGAGCAGCGUGGACAGGCUCAUGAAGCAGAUCUCCUCCUUCGUGUCAGAGAUCUCAGAUGAGUUUAAGGUGGUGGUGGUGCAGGCCAUCAGCGCCCUGUGCCAGAAGUACCCUCGGAAGCACAGCGUCAUGAUGACCUUCCUGUCCAACAUGCUCAGGGACGAUGGCGGCUUCGAGUACAAGAGGGCCAUCGUGGACUGCAUCAUCGGCAUCAUCGAGGAGAACCCCGAGAGCAAGGAGGCGGGGCUGGCCCACCUGUGCGAGUUCAUCGAGGACUGCGAGCACACCGUGCUGGCCACCAAGAUCCUGCACCUGCUGGGCAGGGAGGGCCCGCGCACGCCCGCGCCCUCCAAGUACAUCCGCUUCAUCUUCAACAGGGUGGUGCUGGAGAACGAGGCCGUGCGGGCUGGUCAGUGCCCCCCGGGCUGGUGCAUGAUGGACAGCGAUGACGAGGUGAGGGACAGAGCCACCUUCUACCUGAACGUGCUGCAGCAGCGGCAGCUGGCGCUGAACGCCGCCUACAUCUUCAAUGGGCUGGCAGUGUCCGUUCCUGGCAUGGAGAAGGCCCUGCACCAGUACACCCUGGAGCCCUCAGACAAGCCCUUUGACAUGAAGACAGUCCCUCUGGCCACGGCCCCCAUCUUCGAGCAGAAAGCAGAGAUUGCCCUGGUGACCAACAAACCUGAGAAAGUUGCUCCUUCACGCCAGGAUAUAUUCCAAGAACAACUGGCAGCCAUCCCUGAGUUCCAGAGCCUGGGGCCCCUGUUCAGGUGCUCCGAGCCCGUGCAGCUCACGGAGGCCGAGACCGAGUACUUCGUCCGCUGCAUCAAACACGUCUUCACCAACCACAUCGUGUUCCAGUUCGACUGCACCAACACGCUCAACGACCAGCUCCUGGAGAGGGUGACGGUGCAGAUGGAGCCCUCGGACGCCUACGACGUGCUCUGCUGCAUCCCAGCUCCCAGCCUGCCCUACAACCAGCCUGGCAUGUGCUACACCCUGGUCAGGAUCCCCCAGGACGACCCCACUGCAGUGUCCUGCACCUUCAGCUGCACCAUGAAGUUCACGGUGCGGGACUGCGACCCCAGCACGGGGGUGCCGGAGGAGGACGGCUAUGAGGACGAGUACGUGCUGGAGGACUUGGAAGUGACCGUGUCUGACCACAUCCAGAAGGUGUUAAAGCCCAACUUUGCAGCUGCCUGGGAAGAAGUGGGAGAUGACUUUGAGAAGGAGGAAACCUUUGCACUCAGCUCCAUCAAAACCCUGGAUGAAGCUGUCAACAACAUCAUCAAGUUCCUGGGAAUGCAGCCCUGUGAGAGGUCAGAUAAAGUGCCAGAGAAGAAGAAUUCCCACACACUCUACUUGGCUGGAAGAAUCCACGUGCAAAAGAGAUUGAGCUUCAUCUCUUGA